UGUUGUCUCUUUACAGUUCUGACAUCCACUGCAAAACUAUAAAACCAAAGACUUUGUAAUGCGUCUAAGGAUAAAUAAGUGAGCCUGAUGAAACGGGUCGCGGCAAACCCCUCGUUGUCACGUGGUACGCUACUUUUCGCGUCGUUGCCAUAGAGCUGUUUAUUCGACUCGGCUGCUGAUUGGCUGAGAGCAACUCUUUCGGCCAAUCACAAAGCGCGCUUUUUACAAACUGUUGCAGGUUCAGGAAGUUGACAGGGCGCUGUGCUGCUCGGGGAUCUUUAUCAGUCAGUGAGCUUUAAAUGUCCACAACCCUCUUUGCAGUAACAAGGUUUGAGAGUCUACUUUACCGCGUUUCACACCAACAUCUCUGACCUCCUGUUCUAAAACAUGGACCCCUCUUCUGUGCUUAGACAACAAAGUCAGAACACAAUCCUGAGAACAAUGAAUGAACAAAAUAAAAUGGCAGCAGACCCAAAAUCAUCCAAAUGUUUGCCCCUGCACCCGUCGCAAAAUAAUUUAGAGAAUCAAGACCCAGGAAGGUCUGGCCAGGUUCGCCCAUCCCAUCUUCGUCCAGCUGUGAGCAGGCUCCCAGUCUUGGCGAAGUCACUUCAUCUUAAGACUCCAAAUGAGUUUACACAGUCCCAUAGUAAAUGGGAAGAUAAACCCCUGCCUGGGAAGGCAAAAACAAAAAAGCCAUGCACCAGGCCAGUACCAUUCAACUUGUCCCAACCAAAAGCCUCAAGAUUUCCAUCAGAAAAUCAUCCACCUAAUAAAAUGAAUUCAGCAAGAACCCAUAAGCUUGACAAAAAUGUCUGUUCUUCUCAGUUUAAAACAACAAACAGAAACUUACAACAUUCAACUACCUUAGAAGAAAAUGUUAAGUCCACAAAGAUGAUAAAAAAUGCAUCACAGCCACUGGGAAAAUCAAGGCCGCUUCACUCUCACAAGACUUCAGCGAGUGUGUCCAAACCUGGGUCAUUUACUCUAAACUCUAAAGAGAAUAGUGCUACCGCCUCCGAACAAGCGGCUUCUGCUGCUGAUGCCUGUUCACAAAACAUGAACUUGCUCAGCCUAAAAGACACAUCCACCAUUUUAAAAGAAGGUGACAAAGUGGACAACUUCCAGCAUGAUCAUGCAGCUUUGCUUAGCAUUCUUCGCAAUGAGGGAGUGUCCUCUACUAUGACCCCACAGUCCAAACCAUACAACUAUUUGCCCCAGCGUGUAUCUGUAAUGAAAAGUCACCAGAAAGUGGAACCCAAUCCAGGUCCCAUGAAAUCAGGGCAAUUUUUCCCAGACCACAGGGCUUUGCAGAGCAUCCUGAAGAAUGAAGGAGUGAAGGCUGGGGCUCCAUCAGACAGAGCCCCUUCCAUUUACACACCCAUGAGAGUGCCAGUUAAAAACAAUGGUGUUGACACUGGAGCUGGACUCACUGGUACAUCUGUGAAAACGGUGCAGUUUACUCCAGAUGCUGCUGCUCUUCAGAGUAUCCUACAGAACGAAGGAGUGAAAGCUGUGGGCCCUGAAGGUGCUACUCCAAGAAACUCUGCAUCAAUAUACAUGGCUCAAAGAGUGCCUGUCAAGAAAAAUCUUGUAGAACCAAGUGCAGCAUUAAUGGUGACAGCCCUCAAACAAACUCCUGGCCAGAAAUGGACCCCACAGAGAGUGACCAGGCACCAGCCCAUGUCAGCUAUGAAGUGGCAUACAUCAUCAAAGCAGUCACCAUAUGCCACUAUUCCAAGAUUAAGGGGCUAUAAUGCAAACCUUUGCACAAAACAGGAGGAUGUUGUGCAGAAAUUGUUUGUUGAAGAUGAACAGACCACAGAUGAAGUUACCAUCCCUUCAACAGAGUUACUUCAAGACCAGACCAACUGUAAAGAUAAAUUGCACAGCCCUGUCAAAAAUGAGGAAAAUGAAGAUGGUUCGAUGAAGGAAGACGAGCAGGUUGUGGGACCAUUUCUUCCAGCUCCAGAGCGAGAGUCAGUCAUUUUCUUUUCUGCGGGUAAAAAACUGUUCAGAGACUCCCGCUUUAAGAAACCAGAGACAACAAGCCAUAAACAGUAUGGCCCAGAAGAGGCACUACCUGUGCUACUACAAAGCUGCCACAGUCAGACUGUAACCAAAGAUUUCCUGACUCUGAAGACUGGCGUUAUGAAUCCAACUGUGGCCAUGCUGCGAAAGCACUUCCCUCCAUUAGAAGAGCUGCGGUUGGAUGAGGAGGUGGCCACCUACACCUCUGUGUCUGUCCCAACUGUGUCUGGGUUCCACCCCCCUCGAUCCCGCUGUAGAAACCCUUUGGCCACAAUGCUACACUUUGAAGACUCCACUAGAUUUGUACCCAUCUGUCUUGACAUGUCACCAGACUCCCCUCAUGAGAGGUGAUUGCACUAAUAUGCUGUUGUAUACUACUGAUAAUAUGUACAGUAAAAUGUUUUUUCACUAAUGAACUGUUUCACUGUGCAUUAAAACCUAAUAAGGUCAAGCAAUGAAAAUGCCUUAAAGUCCUCUAGACACAAUUGCGCACCUAUUACAUUUAGUGAAGGUAGACCUCGUGGACAUUAAAAUCUGUAUUAAAACUUUUAAGCCAUAUGCCAGUUAUUGUGAGAAAUGGGGACUUUCACUGUCUCAAAGCAAGUCCAGGAAAUGCUAUUGUAGUCAGAUGUUAUUUUCACAAAAUCUUUUAACAUUAUGUGUACUUGGAUUUCAAGUAAAUGGAAAAUCUACGAUAUAAGGACUGAACAUUUUGUGAAGAAGAGCCAGGACUUGAUCAGUGUUAAGUAAAUGUAGAUGAAAUACAUGGCCUAGGAAGCAUUUUAAAAGAAAGCUAAGCUAUUGUAAAGCGUAAAAUCAAAUGAAUGUUGUUACUAAAUAUAGUGUUUAUAAUAAAUGUUUAUAUGGAGAUC